AUGUCAAAAUCUCAAAAGGAGCGAGUUAAAGAUUCUUUUAUUGAAAAUAGGCCUGUUGAUCUUGCUUCACCAGCUUCCUCUUCUCCUCAUUCGAUUCCUUCCACUCGACCUCAAAGUUCUUCCUCCCACUCUUCUCAUCCUCCAACUUCUCCUAAACCUCUUCCAAGUCCUCCUCACUCUUCUAAUCCUCCAACUUCUCCUAAACCUCUUCCAAGUUCUCCUCACUCCUCUCAUCCUCCAACUUCUCCUAAACCUCUUCCAAGUCCUCCUCACUCUUCUCAUCCUCCAACUUCUCUUAAACACCUUCCAAGUCCUCUUCACUCUUCUGAUCACAAAACAUCGCCUCAUAGUGUUGCUUCUCCUCUUGCUUUACCUGAAGCUGAUGUAGAACAAGAAAAGGGAUUGGACAUGCCUGAUGAGAUACGUGCCGUUAUUAAUGAGAUAACGUGGAAAAAUCAUGUAAGUGAAAAUUCUUUUUUAAUAAUCGACCAACAGAAUCAAAGUUGA